AUGUCUUCAAAAAGAAACAGAUCUGAAGGCCCAUCAGCUGAGAAUUCAGCCCAAGACUCCGAGGACCUCAUUUCGAGUACCGGCCGUCCAAAAAGAAGAGCUGCUACUCGUAACGUAAACUACUCUUUAGAUUCGUCGUCUUAUCGACGUGCAUUGACCGAGUCUGCGGCAGGUGCGUCGAAGUCGACGACGACGACAAAUAAUAGUAGUAAAACAGUCAAAAAUAAAACGACACGUGAAAAACGAAUGCGGUUAUCUGAAGAGGAGUCGAUCGAGCAGCAGCAGUCUGUAAGAGUUACGCGAUCUUUACGUUCGAAACGCGUCUUUACUGGUGAUAAUGAGCAACAGAAAUCUUUGCCGCAAAAAUUUUUGGCAUCAUCAUCAUCUAAAACAAAUAGCAGCAAAGGCCAAGAAGAAAAUAAUCCACGAGAAAUUGAUGAUGAUGAAGAUCAAGAAGAGGUGAAAAAGAUUUCAACAUCAAAGGGCAAACAAGCAGUGAUCGAGAUACCUGACGUUGAUGAUGUUUCAGAUGAUCAAGAAACAAUAGUAAGUGAAGAAAGUGACGACCCAAUAGGCUUCAAAAAUCAAUCAUUAUUAUCAGUUUCUAGCACAUCCAGAGUCACUCGCAACCGCACUGCUCAAUUGGAAAAAGUCAUUGAUGUGCCCAAAAAGAAACUAACUACUAUGCUGCAGAAAAAAGCCUCAAAAAUCAAAGACCAAGAAAGUGAAGACGAUUCCGAUUUCGUUAUGGAACCGCGAAUCAGUACACGUAGCAGUCGUCGCUCACAACGUACCAUAUCACAGAAAAAAGUUUCAUAUAAAGAAGACGAGGAUUACAUGGUCAUCAGUGAUGAUGACGACAGUGAAGAAAGCGAAAAGAUCAAAAAAAGAGCUGCAUUACCUAAACGUGAAAAGAAACGAAUUGUUAUCUCAGAUUCGUCCUCCUCAGACUCGUCAGACACGAAAAAUGAAUUCGAAACUGCACACCAAAAAUUCUGUCAGCAUUGCAGUACGCAGGGAUACUACAGCGCGACAAAUAAUCGCAAAUAUGCCAACCAAGAUAAAGUUCUUUUGUUGUGCGAAUACUGUUCGUCUGCUUACCAUCGUGGAUGUGUUGCAGAGCAUAACUUGAACGCGAAAAAAUUCAAGUGUCUAAAGUGUCUCAAGGAGGUACCGAGUUGUUUAGAAUGCGGAGGCAGCAGGGCUACAAAUAAGAACAAAGAAAAGGAUAAUGAUGGUUCGGAAAGUGAAGUGGAUUCAGUUGAAGAUGGAUUGUUGAAGUUGUCAAUUGAGACUGGUAGUGGUUAUGAUAAGACAUUGUUUAGGUGUCAUCGAUGUUAUUAUACCGGUCAUUAUCGGUGCCUUCGGCCGUUGACAGAUGAAUCGAAAGCGCAUGGUAGUACACCGUUAGAACGCCGGAUCAGAAUAUACAGGAAAGAUUGCAAGUGCAUUGAAUGCCUCACGUGGGACUAUGAAAUAGAUAAAAUUUUAACAUAUGAAGUAAUCCACAAAAAUAAAAAAGGAAAAAACGUAAUUAAAGAUUCCCCCUCACUUAAUAACGGUGCAACUGUUAGCGAUGAGAAAAAACCUGUAGUAUCUUCAUCCACAUCAUUACCUCUCGGCCCAUCUUCAUCUGAUGUAGAUCGAAAAUACCUCGUAAAAUUCAAACAAAGAUCUUAUCGAAAAGUUGAUUGGGUUUCUGAACGAUGGUUGAUGUACGUCUCACCCAACUUAUUCCGCGCUUUCAAAAAGAAAGAGCUUCCCCCAUUGCGAAAAGAGGAAGUCAUUCAGAGCGAGUGGACAAAGGUUGAUCGUGUUCUCGAUGUUUACUACGAAAAUGAUGCAAUGUUAGCGAGCAUAGAGUUUGAAGAUGAGAGUGACGAAGAAACAUCUAUUCAUCAAGUGAAACAAGCUUUUGUCAAAUGGCAGGGGUUGAAUUAUGAAGAGGCCACUUGGGAAGAAGAUCUAGAUCCAAACGAUCAAGAUUUUAAAGUCGCGUAUAUGGAACGUUUAAAUUCAAUGAAGAUUAAACCUGGAAAAAAAAUUAAAUCUAAAGGUGGUUUCAAGGAAUUCCAGGAACAACCAUCCUAUAUUCCUGGGAAAUUAAUGGAUUAUCAAAAGGACGGUGUAAAUUGGUUACUGUACCAGUGGUCUCGAGAAAAAUCUUGUCUGUUGGCGGAUGAUAUGGGACUUGGUAAAACAAUCCAAAUUAUCUCCUACCUCUCAAUACUCUUCCAUGAGAACGCUUACUACCCCUACCUAAUCGUCGUACCAAAAUCAACAGCCAUCAACUGGGUGCGCGAAUUCAAAAAAUGGGCACCGGAAAUGAAAGUAGUCGAGUACCACGGCGAAACGCCAAAUCGUAAAGUCAUUGAGAAAUACGAACUGUAUCCGUUCCCGGACACGAAUAAAGAACUACGAUCCCUUAAAUGUCAUGUUGUUAUUACCACUUACGAGACUAUGAACAUGAAUCCGUCGGUGUUUGAGAAAGUCCCGGUGUGGCAAGCGCUUAUUGUCGACGAGGCUCAUCGGUUGAAAGGCGGCGCUAGCAGCCAAUUGUUUAAUACUUUGAAAAAGAGAUUAGAUGUAAGGCAGAGUAUUUUGCUUACAGGAACUCCACUCCAAAAUAACAUUGAGGAGUUGUUUAAUUUGAUGAACUUUUUGGGACUUGAGGAUUUUGAGGAUCCGAAAUUGAUGGCUCAAGAGUACGAGCAAUUCAAUAAAGAGAAAUUGGACGAGCUUCACGAAAUGUUGAAACCUUACUUUUUGAGAAGAACUAAAGAACAGGUUUUGGGUUUUUUACCGCCAAAAGCAGAAAUCAUAGUUCCCGUAGCAAUGACAUCUCUCCAAAAGAAACUCUGCAAAGAAAUCCUUGCUAAAAACGUCGAACUCUUAAAAACCAUCACAUCAUCAAAAACCACCGUCGCUAAAACGCGAAAAAUGAAUCUUCAAAAUGUCUUGAUGGAGGUCCGAAAAGUCCUCUGCCAUCCGUACCUGAUGCCCGGCAUUGAAGACACUAGCAUCGAAGAUGAAGUUAUCGUACACAAGAACCUGGUUGAAGCCAGUGGAAAACUUCUGCUUUUGCAGAAAAUGUUGCCGAAAUUGAAGGAGAAGGGACAUCGCGUGUUGGUGUUCUCGCAGUUUAAGAUGCUAUUGGAUAUUUUUGAAGAUUUUGUGAUUAAAGAGGGGUGGGAAUAUGUGCGAUUGGAUGGCGAUAUUAGUGGAAAUGAACGACAGAGUAAAAUUGAUGCUUUUCAAGCUACAGAUUCUAAAAUUUUCAUCUUUUUGUUGACCACACGAGCUGGUGGAGUCGGAUUGAAUCUCACUGGCGCUGAUACAGUAUUCAUAUAUGAUCCUGAUUUCAACCCUCAUUCUGAUAUGCAGGCACUUAGUCGCGUGCACAGAAUAGGGCAAGAUAAAAAAGUAUUAGUAUUUCGGUUUGUGACAAGAUCUUCUGCAGAAGAACGCAUCCUCCAAAUCGGCAAACGAAAACUAGUUCUCGACCAUCUAAUCGUUGAAAAAAUGGAAGAAGAAAAACUCGAUGCCAACGACGUCGAAAGUGUCUUAAGAUUUGGCGCCGAAGCACUUUUCUCUGAUGAAACUGACGAAACAGCGCUGAAGUACCGCGACGAAGAUAUCGAGAAACUAUUGGACCGUAGCUACUUGGAGAAUGUAGCGCCGACUGAUGAGUCAUCACAAUCUAAAGACUUGCAUGGGUUAUCGUUUGCUAGGAUUUGGGAUCUCGAGAAGAACCAGUUAUUGGAGGAGGUGACGGAUGAGAAUGGUAUCGGUAGGAGAAGUAAUGGUGCUGAAAAUAAUGGUGAAGGAACGGACAUUUGGGAGAAGUUGAUACAAGAACGUAUUCAACAGGCUGCGCAGCAAGAAGCUUCGGUUCCUGUUAGAAUGACUAGGAAACGGACAAAAGUGGUCAAUUAUUAUGAAGAUGAAUACGAUUCGCCCAAAAAGCGACGCUCAAAGAAAGAUAAAUCACCUGAAAAGCCUGUCGCAGAAGAUAACGAUGACGAAUUCGUCCUCAAAGAAGACGAAAUGUCCGACACAGCCAGCACCGCAACUACCAGUGAAUACGAACAAGAAGGGAUUUCAAUUGGGUCAGUUGAUAAAGCACAGCUACAAACUGCUAGCGGAUAUCCGGGUCAAACUACUACCGCUCAAAGAGUCGCUGCAGAAAAUUAUCAUCAUCCUAAUGAGAUAUUAUACGCUCAAUAUAUGCAAUAUCAACAAGAAGCAUGGCGUCAAAGACAACGACAAGAGCAAGAACGAAAAUUAGCAUACCAAAUGUAUGUACAACAACAAAUGCAUCGACAAGUUCGUUACUUGGCUUCACAAGGGUACAGUUCAUCACCGACACCUUCUGUUCCCUCUAAUAACAUUAAUCAUGGAUAUAUGCUCCUUCGAACUCAGGCAACCCAUCACAUGCAGGCACAGGCUAUCAAUAAAACUAAUCAACAGCAUUACUCGAACGUCGUCGUUGUGCCUUCGAAUGACACAACUAAUAAGGAUAUUGAUGCACAUCAAAAACUUGUACAGGACAGCACCUCAACAUCCACCACCGUUAAUACUAAUCAGGCGAAACCUGCCUCGGAGAAUUUCGUAAACGACAAAAAACAAGAUAAAAAUUCAGAACAGAUGCAAGAAGAUAAAACCACCACACCAGUUGUCCCGUCAAUUCCAACAUCGAAAACAUCACGUCCUGUUGUCCCACCACCUCCUCAUGUCGAAGUGAUUGACUUGGAUUCACCACCGCAUGAAUCCGCGUCUGUCACUCAUUCACAAACUAAAGCAUCAACUUCUGCUAAUUCACGGCCAAUCGCUCCCAAAGAUAAUAUUGCACGAGCAUCUUCAUUUACAAUAUCAACAACACCCAUAACAUCCACAUCAUCACAAAAUAGCCUACAAAUGGGAUCAUCGAACAGGAAUUCUUCGACAAAAUUAACUAAUACUACUAAUAAUCGAACCAUGAAUUCAUCACGUGGAUAUAAAGGUUCAACACCAGCUCAGUCCGACAUCACACCACUUCGUCAAACAAAUAUUAACACCUUGACGACAAAUCAACAAACCGGUGCUAGCAUACCUGCAUCACCUGGUGCUGCUAGUAAUGGAAGUGCAUGGACCUAUUUACCGCCAACAUUCCGAAUGGAAAUUAAUGAUUUGCUUUCAUAUAUUGACGCAAUACAACUGAGUAAAGAGCCAACACCACGAAAAAAGAAGGCAUUGGAGGCGAUUUACACCAAAUUGCAUAACCUCCAGUUCGAAGUAGAUCGGUACUUCCAAGAGAAAAUACGGAAAAGGGAAAUAGACCCAGAAUUAAUACCGCAUCAGGUGGAAUUUAGAAGUGCUAAUUGUUAG